UAGUGCAUUUUACCAUCAUGAUCGACUAUUUACACCGUAAGUGGCUAAUUAUCUUGUAAAAGUUAUUAAACGAUAUUGUUCCACCCCUAAAAUUAAUAGUUUUAGCCAUUAAGAGUUUUGUGACCAACAUUAAUUAUUGAUUAGUGGUUAUAAAUGAUAAUUGAAAAAUAAACACAACAGUAAUUUUCGCCAUUUACAUUAAACUAUAAACACUCAGACUUAAUAAAUGAUAAGUGCAGCUUCGAACAAGGAGUAUCGAAAACAUAAUUUCUUUUAAAGGUAAGUAACUACUAUAUUGACGAUGAUGAGAGGAGACAAGCGGAAAAGAUCAGGCGAAGGAAGAAAUCGAGGUUUCAAUACAAAUCGUAGUAAGGAUGAUUUAAGAGAUUGGCUUAAACGCGAAGAGCGCACCCGUCGUGAUUCUCGAACUGGAGAAGAAAAACGAAGAAGCAGAGGCAGAAGAUCUCGUUUGCCUAAAUUUGAUAAGUUUGAUAUUCAUGGUAGAUUUUCACCACCCGAUUAUAGAAAAAGAACUCCAAGUCCUGAUGCCAAAGUAGAAAAUUCGCGAAAUUUUGGCAUUAAACGUUGGAGAUCGAUAUCAAGAGAACGUUAUGAUUUCGAUUCUCAAAAUAAAUUUUCACCACCACGUACUUCUGGUUUUGAUAAUGACACAAGGUAUUUAAGAAGAUCCCACUCUAGAGAAGCAUUUGACUUUGAUAACCCAAAUAAGUUUUCACCACCACAUUUUGAUGAUAGACCUUCCUAUCAUGAUAGAUAUCAUAAUGUUUUUGAUAUUGAAAAAAAUCAUGGAGAUUAUGUUGAAGAAGAAAAAAGAUAUUUUUCAAGAGAGGAAGAACAGUUUAGGGAGCGGGAGACUGCAUUCAAAGGGAGAGAUAUUGUGUUAGACGAUCAUUCACACAGAAAUAAUUACAAAAUUUCUCCAAGUCAUAGCAGUGAGCAUUUUAUCAAUAAUCAGGAGCAGCAACGAACAAUAGAUAGAUUCCCUGAAGAUUCUGCUUUGAGAAAUAAAAUAGAAGAAAAGAGUUUAGGAAAAGAAGUGGAUGAUAUUCCAGAGUUCAAUCCUGAAGUUUCAAAGCUUUCUGCUAAAAAUUGGUUAAAACAUUUAGAGCAAGUUGCUGAAAGAAAUAAAUGGCAAGAUGAUGAAAAAAGGUUUAACAUGUCAUCAAGAUUAGCUGGAUUUGCUAGACAGUGGUACCUAAGUGCUGGUAAAAAUAUUACCAAAUGGAAGGAUCUUAAAAAUAAAUUCAUGCAAACAUUUCCAUCAGAAAUGGAUUAUUGCAAUCACUUAACUGAAAUGUUGAAAAGAAGGAAGCAAGACAAUGAGUCAUUGGUUACUUAUUUUGACCAUAAAGUAGCUCUUCUGAAUGUUUGCGAUAUAACAGGGGGUAGAGCUGUAUCCUGUAUUAUUGCAGGAUUAUCAGACGAAAAUUUGAGGCGAAAGGCUAGAGAAGAGGAUUUCACUAGUAUCAAUACCUUAUUGGAAUUUUUGCGAGUAAAGGAAGCAGAAAAUGAUCAAUCUCAAAUGGUUACACCAGAAAAAUCGAAACGUAAGGAGGAGACAAUUUGCUUUAGGUGUAAGAAACCAGGUCACAAGAGGAAGGAUUGUCCUGAACGGAAUGUCUGUUCUUAUUGUCACACAAAGGGCCACUUUGAAGCAGAAUGUAUGAUGAAAAACGAAGAUGAAGCAGUAAGUCGAUCGAAUAACAAGGUCAUGUUUGGAGCUUUAGCUGACAACCCAACUUAUCCUCAGUACUUUAAGGACGUUAUGAUUAAUGGGAAUCAGGUGAAAGGGUAUAUUGACUUUUCUAGCGAAACCGUUACCAUUAGGGAGGAGACAGCUUCUAAACUUGGAUUACAAUAUCAAAAGAUGUACAAAGUCAUAAGGAGUUUUGGAAGUUCACUCGUUUCCUGUGUCGGAGAAUUUGAAGGUAUCUUCACUGUUGACGAAGUUUGUGCCAAUGUGAAGGCUUACAUUGUGCCCAGUCAUAUCCAGGCGAUUCCCGUUAUUCUCGGAAAAAAUUUUAUGAAGCAGCCGCACGUACUAAUUUCCAACACUCCCGAUUCAAUAUUGUUAAAGCAGAGACCCGGAAGUCAACAGGCAUCAUUUUUCACAACAACCAGUGUACAAGCACCGUCAUAUUAUUACUAAAAAGAAUUUCCACCAAAUUAUCGUCAGCAGUACAGAGUACCUAUGCUGUUUUUUUCUCGUAUAGUUUAGCUUACAUUUGUUAAUAUUAAUGUAGUAAAUAUGUAAAAUACACGUGUUUGGUGUUA